AAACUUUCUCAGCUGUAUGAGGAAAACAUAUUAAUUAAUAUAGCAAACUUAACAGUCCUCAUAUUCAUAACUCUAACUGUAACUUCUGUUUAAGUCAUUUAUCUUAAAAAGAGGGUGUACACAGCCUGGUCGCGUGGUGUGCCUGACAUAUUUAAAUGAGGGCAGAGUGAACUCGGACCUUUGGUCUUCUUGUUUGACUCGUUGUUGGUGUUGUCAGACAGACAGACAGGCGGCAGACAGACAGACAGACAGACAGGCAGGAGAAAACGUGGACGCCGUGCUUCACUUACUUUUCACCCCGUGUUUAAUUUGACAGUUUGACAAAAACAGACGUUAAAAACACAAACCGGCUGCGUAAAGACAGAGAAAAUGACGGAGCAGUCCUCGUUGUUGCUACGUAAACAAUUAGCAGAGCUCAACAAGAACCCAGUGGAAGGCUUUUCUGCGGGUCUCGUGGAUGACGAUGACAUCUAUCAAUGGGAAGUGGUCGUCAUCGGGCCUCAGGACACAUUAUUUGAAGGAGGUUUCUUCAAAGCGACUUUAACCUUCCCCCGUGACUAUCCUUUGAGGCCUCCCAAGAUGAAGUUCAUCACAGAACUCUGGCAUCCGAAUGUGGCCAAAAAUGGCGACGUCUGCAUCUCCAUCCUGCACGAACCUGGCGAGGACAAAUACGGCUACGAGAAGCCUGAGGAGCGCUGGCUGCCAAUCCACACAGUAGAGACCAUCAUGAUCAGUGUUAUCUCCAUGUUGGCAGACCCCAACGGAGACUCUCCUGCCAAUGUGGAUGCAGCUAAAGAGUGGCGCGAGGAUCCUACAGGAAUCUUUAAGAAGAAGGUGGCACGCUGUGUGCGGAGGAGUCAAGAGAUGGCCUUUGACUAAGGCGUCACUCCAGUUAUUAACACAGUUGGAACUGCACAAGGGGAUUUGACAACUGGUUGCUCUUAAGUGGGCUAGAAGACCCCCGGGACACAACUUUAUCAACAUGAACCAGCCACCCAAAGAAGAAAAAAGACUCAGACAAAGAUGUAUAAACCCAUAUCUCUCUGCUAAUUUGUGUCUCGCAGUUUGAGAGUUGUUGAUAUUUAUGAAUAUUGCUGAACGGCAGUGGCACUCAUGCUGCCAAGAGUUCCAUUUUGCUCUCUUGAUUUUUUUCACCAUCAGUUGCACCAGAUUUACAAUGAUGGACGAUUGGGCAGACGAUUCCUGGUUCAGCUUCAGCACUUCACUCACAGGAAAGACAAAUUACACAGACUAAAACUUUCUGUUAUGUACAUACUCAUCAGAUUUUAGGAGAAACAAUCCCCACUUAUAAUUGCCCCCCGUUUUCUAAAGUUAGUUUACAUUUACAUAUUUACCUAUUUAUUUAGAGUGAGAUUAUAUUAAAAUGCAUAUUGUCUGUUAUGGAGGUUUUUUAUUUUUAUUUUCAAUCUGCCACACUGAGCCAACCAGUGCACAGUAAUUUCAUCAGUUAUGCAAUUUCGGAGAAAGAGAUGGAAAUAGA